ACCAGAGCUUUCUCAGAGAACAAAAGAGGACCAUUCCCAACUCCCUGAUCUUCUCCUCUGCUCCUGAUCCGAUCUGCAUCUCUCUCCGGUUUCCCACUUCUCCAUCAAGUAGGGUUUGGAAAGAAAAAGGAAGGAUGAGUGAGGUUUUCGAUGGUUAUGAACGCCAGUACUGCGAGAUCUCUGCAUCUCUUUCUAAGAAAUGCACAUCAGCUGGGCUUCUGGAUGGAGAACAGAAGAAACAGAAGGUUUCUGAAAUAAAAUCUGGACUAGAUGACGCGGAGGCCUUGAUUCGGAAAAUGGACCUCGAGGCUAGAAGUCUGCAGCCAACCGUAAAGGCGAUGCUUUUAGCUAAGCUAAGAGAGUACAAAUCAGAUUUGAAUAAUCUGAAAAGUGAACUCAAAAGGAUCACAUCUGCAAAUUCGAACAAUAAAACAAGGGAAGACUUAUUGGAGUUGGGGAUGGCGGAUACACUGGCGGCCUCCACUGAUCAAAGAGGCAGACUGUUAAUGUCGACGGAAAGGAUAAACCAGUCCAGUGAAAGAAUUAAAGAGAGUCGAAGAACAAUGUUGGAGACCGAGGAGCUCGGUGUCUCAAUUCUGCAAGACUUACAUCAACAACGGCAAUCGCUUCUGCAUGCUCAUAACACGUUACAUGGGGUGGAUGAUAACAUUGGAAAAAGCAGGAAAAUUCUUGGAGCCAUGUCAAGAAGGAUGGACAGGAACAAGUGGAUAAUUGGCACUGUAAUUGUGGUUCUAGUGUUGGCAAUUCUCUUGAUUCUGUAUUUCAAGCUCUCACAUUAACUCAAAUGUAAACUUUGUGGAGAUACUUUUUCUUUUUC